AUGCCGCUGCCGAGCGUGCUCGGUAAUUGCCUGGAUGCCGUCAGCAACAGAUUGGAGGAGCUUUCGUACCAUUGCAAGCAGCUGCAUGCGCUGAACCAGUCCCUGGAAAUGGAGAAUGCUUCUAUGCGUUUGAAGCUGUCCGAUAUCGAGCAGGCACUCCCUCAGCGGCAGGAUUUCGAGGGUCAAGAGGUGAACGCGGUCGCAACACCUGAAGUUGCCGAGGCGGUUAAGCCCCAAGCUCCGAAAGAUGUCUUUUUGCGGCCUGAAAGCGAUGAUGAGUUGCCGCUGCCAGGCGUGCUUCCCAUACCGGUUGAGCCUUCGUCCCCACACCCGUGGCUUCCUGAAGGCAGUCCCGGCAGUGGCAGCAGCCUCCGUGCCAUCGGCGUGGCACCCUCUCGUAUGACGUCCUUUCAGACGCUGCGGGACGUAGAUGAGGAUGACGAUCCAGACGAUGGAAGCGACCCCGACUACGUGGAUGCGAAGAGCAUGCGCUUCGACACGCUGGUGUCGCAUCGUCUGCAGCUGGUCACCGACACCAGGCUGGCAGACGACACUUUCUUCCAUAAGGGCGAAUGGAAGCAGACGCUGACGCUGUGCGGGUCACUGGAGGAUCACUAUGAUACGAGCAGGCCAUCAGAGGUCAUCGUCAACAGCGUGAUCUUCAAAACGGUAAGCACGCUUGCUAUUGCGGCCAAUGCCCUUUAUAUCGGCAUCCGCACUGAUCAGCAGCUCAAGCACAGCUACAACCGAAUCAACGGAGCAAUGGCAGUCCAGAUGUCAAACACUUUUGAGUAUGCUUUCUUCGUUUGGUUCAGCGCGGAAGUCAUCCUGUACUUGGUUGCGUUCCGAAUGAGCUUCUUCAUAGGCAAGAACUGGUACUGGAACAUGUUCGACUUGUUCUUAAUAGCGAACGCGGCGCUUGAGCUCCUCAUUCCUGACUUGUUCGCCAACAUGUCCUUUCUCAGAAUUUGCCGCGUGUUCCGACUCGUUCGGGUCGUUCGACUCGUCCGCACGGUGAAAUGGCUCCGAUCGUUGAGGACCAUGUUGUUUGCCAUGAUCAGCUCACUGGGAUCCCUGAUUUGGGCGUUCGUCAUGAUCUGCUUCAUAAUGUUCGUGUUUAGCAUCAUCUUCGGCAAUGCUGCUGUGUCCUAUUUUGAUCAAGUGAAUGCUGGCGACUCCACCGAAAGGGAUGAUGCGGACGCAGUGUAUGAUUCCUUUGGCUCCCUUUUCACAUCCUUCGUAACUUUGUUUGGUGCGAUCUUUGGCGGUACUGAUUGGAUGAUUUUUCAACCUACGCUGAGCCUACUGGGAUCUGGUGGUUACGGUGAGCUGUAUUUCUGCAUGUUCCUCUUUUACAUCGGAUUUUGCUUAGUGGGAUUGCUGAACGUUGUCACGGGUAUUUUCGUGGACAGUGCGGUCACAACCCGAACGGAAGACGAGGUUGUGGAUUCGUACCGUGAAGAUCUUCAAAGGACGUCGGACGAAGUCCAACGUAUCUUUCAUUCAGCAGAUGUUGGUGACUCUGGCCGGUUGACGCUGGAGGCCGGGCCGGAAGAGCAAAAGCAGUCGAUGAGAACUUGUCAUUGGAAGGCUUUUUCCCGGUGUUUGAAGCAGAACGCUUGGGUUGCGGCUUAUUUUGCCGGCCUGGAUAUUGGGGCCGAUGACGCAGGUACAAUCUUCACUCUCAUGGACACGAACGGCAGUGGUGACAUUACCGUGGAGGAGUUUGUUCAAGGCACCAUGAAGCUCAAAGGCCAUGCGAAAAGCAUUGAUAUUUUUGCCAUCAUGUUCGACAUGACCCGCCUGGGAUUGCAAGUCCAGAAGCUUUGCUCCCUCGUGGAGGAUCAAUUUCGCGAUAUUAAGCGCAUGGUGGAGCCAGACAGACCCUUGACGAGGAAGCGGCUGUUCAAACCCCUGAAGAGGCUCAUGGAGGAGCUGGAUCUGCCCGAGGAUGACGACCCAACCAGGUCUUGCCGGUUGAGGCUUCUGAAGAGACUGUCGCAAGCCCGUGUUGCGUAA